AUGUACAAUAUUUCGGAGAGAGGAUUAGAAAGUCAUUUCAAAGUAUUAGAACCAGUGAUAUCUCCGCAGAAUUCAACAGAAAAGGCUCGUGGGGGAUUGGGAGCAAUUACUUCACGUCGAUUUGGCAUCGGAGCCAAGAUUUUGCAAGAGAUUUCUCCCAACAAUGCGACUGAAAUUCUCUUCAACUUUUCUUGGAAAUGGCCAGACUUGAAGGAAGAGGUUAUGAAAUAUGCCAGACAAUUUGCUUCUGAUAAGGCAGUGGCUGAGCAAGAAUUGCUAGAUAAGAUGGAUUUCUGGAGAAACUGA